UCCGGCUGCCCUCCAUGCCGCUCGUCAAGAAGUGUCCGCUCAUUUACCUCCCAAUUUGUCUCCCCUGGACACACUCAAAGAGCUCCAAACCUCUUCGGAAUCUGCUUUUUUAAAAUUAAUUUAUUACUAUUACCCCCCCCCCCCUUCCCGAGCCUUCACAGGGGCCAUGGCCUUCCUUGGCAGUGCGGUUCGGCAGUUGGUGUCGGCGGUGCGCCUCCCGCUCACCGUCCCGCUGUGCCGCGCAAGUUGUCGGACAUACAGCUCGGAGCCCACAGCAGAGAAGAGCGUCCCUUAUGAGAAGACACUCAAACGGGAUGGCACAGCCACAUCUGGGCCGACUAAACCUUUACCAAGGUCAGCAGACGUGGUGGUGAUCGGAGGAGGCAGUCUGGGCUGUCAGACAGUGUAUCACCUCGCUAAAAUGGGCCUGACCAAUGUGGUUCUGCUGGAGAGAGACCGACUGACUGCUGGAACCACCUGGCACACAGCAGGCCUCCUGUGGCAGCUUCGCCCGAGCGACGUUGAGGUGGAGCUCCUGGCCCACACACGGAACUUGAUCAGCAAAGACCUGGAGGAAGAGACGGGCCUCCACACCGGCUGGAUCCAGAACGGAGGACUCUUCAUCGCCUCCAACAAGCAGCGGCUGGACGAGUACAAGCGCCUCAUGUCGCUGGGUAAAGUUUACGGCAUAGAGUCCCAUGUGCUCUCACCUGCCGAGACAAAGGACCUCUAUCCUCUGAUGAAUGUUGACGACCUUUACGGGACACUUUAUGUGCCCAAGGAUGGCACCAUGGACCCUGCAGGCACCUGUACCACCCUGAGCCGAGCGGCCUCUGCUAGGGGAGCCACGGUGAUUGAGAACUGCCCUGUAACUGGUAUCAAAGUGCGGGUGGACGACCUUGGGGUGAAGAGGGUGAAGGCAGUGGAGACCCCGCACGGCACUAUAGAGACUCCAUGUGCGGUGAACUGUGCAGGAGUGUGGGCCACCAAGUUGGGGCACAUGGCUGGAGUGAAGGUGCCCCUCAUUGCCAUGCAUCAUGCCUAUGUGGUAACAGAGAGGAUUGAAGGCAUUCAGAAUAUGCCAAACGUAAGAGACCAUGAUUCGUCAGUGUACCUGCGUCUCCAAGGUGACGCCCUGUCCGUGGGUGGCUACGAACAAAAUCCCAUCUUCUGGGAUGAGGUUUCCGAUAAGUUUGCCUUCAGCCUGUUUGACUUGGACUGGGAUGUAUUCAUGCAACAUAUCGAGGGUGCCAUCAACAGAGUUCCUGUUCUAGAGCAGAUUGGUAUUAAAUCCACUGUCUGUGGACCAGAAUCCUUCACAGCAGACCAUAAGCCGCUAAUGGGAGAGGCUCCAGAGGUCAGAGGUUUCUUCUUGGGCUGUGGCUUCAACAGUGCUGGUAUGAUGCUGGGAGGUGGCUGUGGUCGAGAACUAGCUCAUUGGAUUAUCCACGGCCGCCCUGAGAAGGACAUGUAUGGCUACGACAUCAGGCGUUUCCAUAACUCGUUGACGGACAAUCAACGCUGGAUCAGAGAGCGGAGCCACGAGUCUUACGCUAAGAAUUACUCGGUGGUGUUCCCCUUUGAUGAGCCGCUGGCGAGCAGGAACAUGAGGAAGGAUCCGUUCCACCAGGUGCUGACAGAGCAGGGCUGCGUGUUCCAGGAGAGACACGGCUGGGAGAGACCGGGCUGGUUCACCAAGGAUGGACAAGCUCCUGUUAAAGACUACGAUUACUAUGGAGCUUAUGACAUCAAGAAGAAUCAGCAGUACAACUACAACGAGCUUCUUGGCAAAGAAUACACCUUUGACUUUCCACCGCAUCAUGACGUGAUAAAGAGGGAGUGCCUGUCAUGCAGGCACGACGUUGCUGUGUUUGACAUGUCCUACUUUGGAAAGUUCUAUCUCACCGGGCCAGAUGCCAAGAGAGCAGCCGAUUGGCUGUUCACCGCCGAUGUCAACAAGAAGCCAGGUUCCACCGUGUACACCUGCAUGCUAAAUACAAGAGGAGGGACGGAAGCUGACCUGACAGUGAGUAGACUGGAGUCCGGUGCUGCCAACCUCCCGCUGGCGCCCGAGUCCAAUGGUGAUGCAUACUACCUGGCCAUUGGAGGUGGUGUUGCCGAGCACAACUGGAACCACAUUCGAACGGUUCUGCAGGACCAGGGCUUCCGCUGCCAGCUAACGGACCACUCAGAGGACAUGGGCAUGAUCAGCAUCCAGGGACCCAAGAGUCGGGAGGUGCUACAAGAGGUGUUGGACACAGACCUCAGCAAUGAAGCUUUCCCUUUCUCCACCCACAAAGUCGUCAACGCGGCCGGCCAUCAGGUGCGAGCGAUGCGUCUGUCCUUUGUCGGCGAGCUGGGCUGGGAGCUGCAUGUUCCCAAACACUCGUGCCUUCCUGUCUACCAUGCCGUCAUGGCCGCCGGCGCCAAGCACGGCAUCAUCAAUUCAGGCUACAGGGCCAUUGACUCACUCAGUAUAGAGAAAGGGUACCGCCACUGGCACGCCGACCUUCGCCCAGAUGACACGCCCCUGGAGGCGGGGUUAGCCUUCACCUGUAAGCUGAAGAGCUCCAUCCCCUUCCAAGGUCGACAUCGACUGGAAAAGCAGAAAGAGGAGGGCCUAAGGAGACGCAUCGUCUCCUUCACCAUCGACGAGAAAGUACCAAUGUUUGGCCUUGAGGCAAUCUUCCGUAAUGGCGUCCCCGUUGGUCACCUGCGGCGCUCUGACUAUGGAUUCUAUAUCGACAAGACAAUCGGCUACGGAUACGUCCGCAAUCCUGAUGGAGGAGUGGUGAGUGCCGAUUUCAUCAAGAGUGGCGAGUUCACCCUGGAGAGGAUGGGAGUGACGUACAAGGCAAAGGCCCACCUCAGAUCUCCAUUUGACCCGGAGAACAAGCGAGUGAAGGGCAUCUACAAUUGACAUGGACCUCCAUGGAAUGAAUACCUCCUCCACUUGGGGCUGAGAUGAGCCUCAGAUGUUGGGCAUUCAGGUGCAAGAUUUCAGUCGUAUCGGGCAAAUCCGGAAGUUUUAUUCAUGCUGUGACUGGAUGGGGAUUUGAUGGACUUGAUAUUAACUUAUACAGUGAGAUGCUGAUUUGAAAUUAAUCUAGUUUGAAUGUGAUAUCGCUGAAGGUCCUUCCUGCCAUUGGCUUCAUGUUUAGUUUCCCAAGUUUAAUCGUCAGCAGUUUACUCACUGAUUUAACUUCACUAAACAUUUCAAAAUCAACUAGGCUUCACCUUUGCAGAAUUGAUCUGAAAGGGUCAAAUUAACAGCACACGAUCAAUUUUGACAAUUAGAAAUUGUCAUUAAAAGUUCAAAUCAAGCUAAUUACUUUAUCCUUGUUAGUUACCUCAAGACAAAACACAAUCAGCGUUUUUAACGAACUAGCCGUUAAAGUAGCAGCUAAUAUAGACACUAUAAUACACGGAUGUCAAACUCAAGGCCCGGGGCCAGAUCCGGCCCACCACAUUAUUUUAUGUGGCCCACAAAAGCAAAUCAUGUGCAAUUUUGGUAUUUUAGCAAGAAGCAUGAAGUUUCUUGCUAAAAUACCAAAAUUGAAAAUUGUCUUCACUUUUAAAAACAUUGAGAUAUUACAGGCGGCACGGUGGCCGACUGGUUAGAGCGUCUGCCUCACAGUUCUGAGGACCGGGGUUCAAUCCCCGGCCCCGCCUGUGUGGAGUUUGCAUGUUCUCCCCGUGCCUGCGUUGGUUUUCUCCGGGCACUCCGGUUUCCUCCCACAUCCCAAAAACAUGCAUGAAUUGGAGACUCUAAAUUGCCCGUAGGUGUGAAUGUGAGUGCGAGUGGUUGUUUGUUUGUAUGUGCCCUGCGAUUGGCUGGCAACCAGCUCAUGGUGUACCCCGCCUCCUGCCCGAUGAUCGCUGGGAUAGCCUCCGGCACACCUGCAACCCUAGUGAGGAGAAGCGGCUCAGAAAAUGGAUGGAUGAGAUCUUUUUUGUUACCAAUAUUCAUUUUAGAAUAAAUUGAUUAAUUGCUGAUUUAAAAGCUAGUUAUCCAUCAAUUAAUUGUGUACAUGUAAUAAUAUGAGACAAUUGUACAUUUAUAUGGGUUCACAGUCAUAACGGCCCUCCAAGGGAAACCAUAACUACAAUGUUGCCCAUGACAAAAAUGAGUUUGACUCUCCUACUUGUUGGUUAAUUUGCAUUGGAAGCAGUCAAGUAAGUAUUAAUCAUAAUCUUUUUGCUAAAAUCUUCUUUACAUUUACCUUCAUAGAAUGAAAAAAAAUAAUAUUGUUUUGACCCAGGGUAUUUGUAAAUUGUAUCUUGCCUUUAAGGCACUGUGGUAAAAGCUGUACAAAUAAGGAACAAUGCCAUUUAUUCAGGCACUAAUAAGUACACAUGCUAAACUGUUAUAGAACUCAGGGCUCUUACUUCGUCUUAAAAUGUGUCAAAUAGUGUUUUUGCCAACACAGCGGCAUCCACUAUGAUCCACUGAUAAAAAAAUGUCUACUACAAGAUGUACCCUUCUUCUUAUAACGAGACGAAAUUAAAUCAAAAUGAUUUUUGAAGCUAAAAGUAUGACAGCUUGUUGCUUUACAUUUUCAAUUUGGAGGUUGAAGAAUACAGUAAGGCGGCACGGUGGAUGACUGGUUAGCGCAUCUGCCACAGUUCUGGGGAGCGGGGUUCAAAUCCCGGCCUUACCUGUGUGGAGUUUGCAUGUUCUCCCCGUGAGUGCGUGGGUUUUCUCCAGGUACUCCGGUUUCCUCCCACAUCCCCAAAACAUGCAUGGUAGGUUAAUUGAAGACUCUAAAUUGCCCGUAGGUAUGAAUGUGAGUGCGAAUGGUUGUUUGUUUAUACUGUAUGUGCCCUGCAAUUGGCUGGCGACCAGUUCACGGUGGACCCCGCCUCUCGCCCGAAGAAAGCUGGGAUAGGCUCCAGCACGCCUAGUGAGGAUAAGCAGUAAAGAAAAUUGAUGGAUGGAGAAGUAUCUGUUCUCAGUCAAAUGGUAAUUUAGGUCUGUAUGGCAGGAAACUUUAAAAGUAUAUACAGUAUAAUAUAUUAGUGGCCUAACCUUGUUUGUGGCUCAUCCUUUGCGGUCUUACGGUAAUACAUUCUCCAGUUGCACACUACGAUCCCUGCAGGCACUUGAGUCACAUUACAGAUAGAUGAUAGAGGGUUAUUAUGAGAAUCAUGACUUUUAAGAAAACACAUUUUUCUUGCACAGUAUUCCUUCAAUGACAUUGAGUACAAACAGAAAAACAGAACAUUUUUGUUUUGUGAUAGCUCCUUUUGCUUUGGUGCACUCUUAAUUACUUCAUGUUUACCGCGCAGAAUUGAUAAGAACCAGCAUAAACUUUGUGUUUAGACCUCGUCUAAUUAUGUGGAAAAAUUGUUUACAAAAACAAAUUGAAUUGUGGCACAUUCCGUUUAAUUGAGUUGAUUAGGCCUGUCUGCGCCAAUCCAUCCUUCUAAUGGGGCCAUCAGGUUUUCAGCUAUAUUGGAUAAAUCCUGUUUGUUUGAUUGACUGUGUCUUACUGUGUUUCUGUUUUGGGUCCAUAUCGCUAAUGUGGCAGCUGCUGGUGUGUGCAUUAUUAACACAGCAUUAUGGUUUGUUACUAGCUAGAACUUCUAAAAGUUGUUGACACCAUGUGUUUACAGUCUGUCACUCGUUACGUACAUAUUUUCAGGAUUAUCUUUUUCACACAUUACUAAAAUGCUCUCACACAACUGAAUUCUGCCACACACAAUUGAAAUCCUGUCACAUACACUGAAAUACGCCCAUAUGAUAUACUGAAAUAUGUUUUAAAAGUCUGUGUGGGGAAAAAAAAACGUGUGAGAGCAUUUCAGUAGUGCAUGUGAGUAAAAACAAAACAAAAUCUGUAGUGCGUGUGUGUGAGAAUGCUUCAGUAGUGUGUAUGAGAGUUUCAGUGUUGUGGAUGAGAACGUUUUAGUGGUGAAUGUGAGCAAAUAAAAUGAGGGGGGAAAAAAAGUCUUAUAGUGUUUUCAGUUGUGUGUGACAGCGUGUCGGUCGUGUAUGUCAGCAGUAUGUCAUGUAUGUGUGAGAGCAUUUCAAUUGUUGUUUGUGAGCCCCAAAAAAUCUGUAUUGUGUAUGAGAGCGUUUCAGUUGUGUGUGAGAGGUAAUCCUGAAUUAUGUCCCUGAUGGGCCCUCAUACUGUUCAGUGCCCAACUUUAACCAAAGUGAAACGCCGCCACUUAGUAUGUAAAACUAUUAUACAGAACUUGCCAAACAGAAUGUUUACACAAUUGUUCCUCCCCCGGGGCAUACCAUUAAACACACAAUUGUUAGUAUUUAGCUUAAUUAAAUAAUGGCAAUAUAACUGUUUCUUACCACAAUGUAGGAAAUGGUCAGAAUCUUAUAUUAUGUCAACUGGAGCAUUAUCCAGCAGCAUGAGUGGUCUCACAAUUGUACACGUCCUCCGGUGCACAAUAAUUUAUGAAUAAAAAUGAUGUGCUAAAAACUAAUGUAGUAUUUGACUGUAAAAACCCAUACAUCGUUUAAAAAUCUCCUCUAUAGUGGAGGCGCAAACAUUGAACCACAAUAGAGCAAGGACGAACUAUAUUGUUGUUGAACAUAAUCUGUUCCAGGACACUGGUCGAUAAUAAUCAGCUCAAGGCUCAAAGUGCCGCCAAGACUGUGCAGGCAAUGUUUUAAAUAACAUUUUUAACAUUCUUAGUCUCUGCUUAGAUUUAUUUGGUAGUUAAGUGAAAAGUUUGCUCACCCUAAGGGGAGGUGUGACAAACCCGUAGCUUGCAGAAGGAGAAGGAAAACUUGCAGAGGGAGAUGUACCACUUCUGCCGUGGAGGGGACUUUCUGCACAUUUAGAUAAACGCUCAAUUUGAAGUGUUCAUUCCAUUCUCCUUUUAUUAUUGAUGUUCACUAACUGUAUUGUUGCUUUAACCAUAUAUAACUACUUUCGCUCCUUUUCUCAUCAUCACACUUUUCAUCUUUAUGCUGGUAAUCUUCUGUGGAGGCGUCAAAACAAAAAAAGAUAAGAAAAAGCUGAACAUACUUCUUGAGUUAAUCCUUUAGAGCGGCGGUUCGAAAAGGUGCCACCUCAAAAAACACUUGGCUCUCCGCACUGUAACAUUACGCACAGUUUGAACAUUUCAUUUGGGUAUUCUUUUUCACCACACUUGCAAAUUACUGCUUCAGAUGCUUGACUUUUUUGGCAACUUUAGUGGUGUAUUUUUCCAGAAUAUUUUGGUCAAAUUACAAAUCAUACGAGCUCAGAGGUAUUGAGUUUUCAAGUUUCCACUGUAUUAAUUGUCGACUAAUUACUUUCCAUCCUACUGAGGCUAAAUGUGAAUACAGGACAGUUAAAACCAGCCAGGUUAUUCUCAGAUGUUUAAGAUUGACAUUAAAUAUUUCCAUGCUUACCACAUGCUAUGAAAAACACGUUUUUGUUGUCAUUUAAAAGGAAAA